AUGUGGAGUUUACCCGGCGCCGCCAUCCUCUUCAUCCUCCUGCUGUCGCUGCUUGAAGUGUCUGUCUGUAUUCAGGUGAUUGUCGCCCAGCAGGAGCGCACCACAGCUCUCUUUGCCUCAGUGAUCCUCCGCUGCGACUACAGCACCUCUGCAAACCUCCAAGAUGUCCUGGUCACCUGGAGGUUCAAGUCCUUCUGCAAGGACCCGGUACUGGAGUACUACUCCACAGCGUACCAGUCUGCGCUACAGUUGGGACAGGACCCAGCCAAUGACUGUCCGGAUCGCCAACGAACAGUGCGCACUGUGAUCCAGAAGAAAGGAGGCAACGAGCCCAUCCUGGGAUCCGAAUACCGCGAACGCAGGAUCAGUAUGCAAAACAAGGCCGACCUGGUGCUGAAUGAGGUGAUGUGGUGGGACAACGGGGUUUACUACUGCAGCGUGGAUGCCUCUGGAGACACCUCAGGAGACUCGGACAAAGAAAUCAAACUCAUCGUCUACCACUGGUUGGUUGUGUUAUUCAUCGUCAUCGGAGCGUUGCUUCUGAUCCUCCUCUUCUGUAUCUGCUGCUGCCAGUGCUGCCCUCAGAAGUGCUGCUGCUACGUGCGCUGUCCAUGCUGCCCACAGCAAUGCUGCUGUCCUGAAAAAGCGGUGAUGCAGCAUCGCAUGAUGAAGCAGGCUCAGAGGGACUGGAUGGGAGGACAGCCGCAAUAUGGACCAAUGAGCCACGCCUCCUCCCAGAUGAACCCGAUGCUCUACGCAGGUUCUAACUCAGGGAAGGUAAUGCACAUGCAGCCAAUGCCCCUCCCUCCCCCUCAGUCUUCAGCAUACAGCAUGCCCCCACCCAGUGUCCCUGGCCACCACAGCCCUGCCAACACCAAUCAGAUGCUUAAUUACCUGGAGAGCCAGGUGAGGGGGAUGGACAUGACCAGUCCUCUCUUACAGCCACCUCCACCCCAACACAUGCAAUACAUGCCACCUCCUCCCCAGCACACUCCCAUGACUGUCCCGUUUUCCCCCGGCCCUCCCAGCAUGAUCUCUGCCCUCGAUGAAGGCCCACCACAGCGUCGCGUCAUCACACUUCCACCAAUAAGGGAGCAGCACCCAGGCAGAAUGCCACCCGCCGCACCCAAGACUCGCCCCCCGAGCUCGAGCGAGAGCAGCCGCAGUGGCUUCGGCCGCCACGAUGACCGAGGAGUAGCAGGUAGGCGUUACCCCUCACCCACCAGAUCUAGAGUCAUGCCCCGGAGCUACAGCCAGGACACCCUGGACGGACCGAGUUACAACGGGUCACGAGGAGGCAUGGACCCUCCCCGCUCCCGUUCCAGGGAUGACCUGUACGACACCAGGUCCAGGACAAACCCCUCGCCACCUGCAUCCCGGCAAUCAAGACGAGGGUCCUGGAGCUCGGAUGAUGAGGCCAGCAGCAGGAGAGGAGGAGGAGCAGGAGGGAGAAGAGGAGGUGGAGGCUGGGUUGACAAACCACCCAGCUACUCCGAGUACGAGCCUGGACAGAAACCGGGGACACGGAGGAAUGAACGCUACUCUGCCAAGAGUUAUCGCAGUGGCACCAGCAUCGUCAUCUGAACCCUCCAGCUGUGAAACAACCUUUGACC